GCAGAGCGGUAACGUGGAGCCACAAAGAGGCCGACUUUGUAUGUCCUCUUAUUUUUUAGAUAAGGUGUAAUUUAGGAGUAUAACGGGAUACCUGCAGUCCGGCACGGCACUUUCAGAAAUCUUAAUCAUAUCGUAUGUUAGUUCGGUAGUUCGAUUACUUAAAUACUUCACAGUUAGCUUGUGAUCGGCUGAGUGACUCGCUUGUGUAACUUGCGACAAGUGGUUAUUUCUUUUGGUGACUUGUAAAACGUCAACUAGGUACAUCUCUAUCUCCCCGCGACUUCACAGCUCAAUCGCCUGCUUCGCUGUUGGAAACAAUGAGCUGCGUGAAGGAAGAAAGUCGUAGUGCGUCCCCUCACUGCCCCAAACCAGAUGAAUCUGAAGAGCCACUGGGCACAACCAUGGAGACCAGAGCCGCCAAUGAUGACAUUGUGAAAGCUGAGAGUAUGACAUCUGAAGUUGUUAUCACAAAGGAAAUGGAGGAAGAAGAGAAGCAGCUGAUGGAGGAAGGUGAAAGGAAAGAGAGGGAGAUGAUGGAAAAGGCUCGGGAAUCGUGGCAGAGGGAUUCUCAUGGUAUGCGGUUUAAGAGACUGCAGCAUCUGCUUCAGAAGAGCAACAUCUACUCUAAAUUCCUGCUGACCAAAAUGGAACAACAACAGAAUGAGGAGAAACUCAGAAAGGAGAAACUGGAAAAGAGGGCCAAGAAGAGCACAAACAGUGCGGAGCCUGACAAAGAUAAAAAGAAGAGGAGGAGGGACGAAGACUACAAAAUAUCAGAUGUCAUGUCAAAAGAAGAAAUCAUGUCGCAAACUAAGAAGGCAAAAGUGGAAGAGGUGGCACCGACCCAGAAAAAGUUAGAGGCUGAGGAUAUUGAGAAGAUGAGUGACUCCAACCAAGACAUCAAGAACCGCCUGUCAGAGACGGUGCGAGACAACGCCAAGCAUCUCCUGCAUCCUCACAGGAAGGUGAACGGCCAGCCGGUCCCCACCCAGCAGCCACAGCUCUUCACCGGAGGGGUCAUGAGAUGGUACCAGAUUGAAGGCAUCGAGUGGCUGAGG